CCCCUUAUUAAAAUAAAGAAUGAUAUUUCUUAAAAUAAAAUUCCGAUUUGUUAAAGCAAAAUAUAAGUACGUUGGUGUUAGUUUAUUUACAUUUUGAAUACUGAACCACUUGUAAACAAUGAGCAAUGUUUGUUAUUUGAAUAUUGAUCAGCCUCCCCUUAGGUUUGAAAAAUCACCCGAAAGUGAUGAGGAACACAGAAAACGAAUGGAGAUUGAAAAAUUAAUUGAACAAAGCAUUGACAAAAAUUUGGCUUUGGAUGCGCUUGUGAAGUUGUCUUUGUCGCCCUACGGAUUGGUCAAUGACCAUUUGCGGAGAAUUUUGUGGCCGCAGUUGGCAGGUGUCGACGUGACCCGUCUUGAACGGGCGCCAUCCCUUAAAGAGUUGCAAAACCAUCCUGAAUACAAUCAGGUAGUGCUAGAUGUAAAUCGCUCUUUAAAGCGAUUUCCACCUGGUAUUCCAUAUGAACAACGCAUUGCACUGCAAGAUCAACUUACUGUUCUUAUUUUAAGGGUAAUUCAAAAGUAUCCUAAUUUAAGGUACUAUCAAGGCUAUCACGAUGUGGCUGUAACAUUUUUGUUGGUAGCUGGCGAAGAAAUCGCUUAUGCCAUAAUGGAGCAGCUCUCCACAAAGCAUUUUUCCGAAUGUAUGCAGGAGACAAUGGAAGCCACACAAAGGCGUCUUAUGUUUAUUUGGCCUGUCAUAAAGUUUGAAAACCUAGAACUGUAUAACUUUUUGCAAAGCUCAACGGUUGGAACUUUGUUCGCGUUGCCAUGGUAUUUGACUUGGUUUGGACACAGUUUAAAUUCCUACAAAACUGUAGUCCGUUUAUAUGACUAUUUCCUAGCAUCGCCUAUUUAUACACCUAUAUUUGUAACAGCUGCGAUUCUACUUUAUCGAUCAAAUGAAAUACUGAAGGAGGAAUGUGAUAUGGCAUCAGUUCAUUGUUUUUUAUCAACUCUACCAGAAGAUUUACCGUUUGAAAAGCUUUUAAAAACGUCUAGCAAGCUUGUUAAUAAGUAUAGCCUAACAGUAAUAGAGAAAGAUGUUGAAGAGCUUAUUUUCCAAGAAAAAGCAAAGCGGCAAGCCGAAGAAAAUAUGAUUAUGAAGCGACGGCGAAAGAUGUCAGCUAAUGCAAACCGAAUUUUCAGCAUAAGUCCAUGGCUUUUAAAUAUGUUAACUUCAAAGUCGGUGCUAUUUACGACUGCGGUUUCUGUUGUAGUAGGUGUAUGUGCAUAUUAUUAUAAGAAUCAGUAUUUGGCGGCAGGUAUUAGCUGAGUAUUAUCGGACUGUCUUCAUCUGAAAAUGUCUUAUAUAUCGCGAUUUGAACCAAUUCUCUCCAAAAUGAGUUGGGUGGUAGAGAUUUGCAUCUAUUAAAUUAUAAUUUAAACAACACGACACCUAUAAUAAACAAAGAUUUAUAUUAACAA